AGUAAUUUGACUUUGAUUCCCCAUUUUGAUUCCAACUACACAUUCCACAAAUUAUUCCAUAAAUUUAAUCAAAUUAAAUAUAAUUAAAUUAAUUAGAAUUAAAUGAAUUGAAAUAAAAUAAAAUAAUAAAUUGAUUGAAAGAAUGAAUUGAAUAAUUGAUUGAAAGAAUGAGAUUUUGUGGAGAUGAGUUUGAUAAAUGUGACGAAUAUAAAGAUUGGGAAUAAUGUUUGUAGUAUAAAGUUGCCGUUGAUAUUUCAAAUCGAGUUUGAAUGCCUAGAAGAUCUCAAACACGACGUCGAAUGGAAAGUCAUCUACAUCACGUCCGAUGGCUCCGGAUACGUCAAUUCUACCUCUAAUAGUGAGGGAAACACUGAUAAUUCUGUGGAUAAUAUGAUGGAACAGGAGAAAGAAUAUUUGGUCAGUAAUAACAAGGGUGAGAUAAUAUUGGAUGCGGUUUGUCUAGGACCGCUUUAUAAAGGUAUUCUCGAAUUCGAAUUCAGAGUCAAUCCUCCCAAUUUCUCGAGAUUGCGGCCUGAGAGUGUGUUGGGAAUGCAGGCGAUAUUGAUAAGUGGGAAUUACUGUGACCAGGAAUUUAUUCGUAUUGGUUACUACACUAACAAUGUGUACGACGAGGAGAGUCUGGUGGAGAACCCGCCAGACCUACCAAUCCUGGACAAGAUCGUACGUUGUAUCAUAGACCAACCCAGAGUUACAAGGUUCCCAAUCAAGUGGGAUAACGACAACCUCAUCGAUUUCGAAGGCAAUAAUCUCAAUUACGUUAUCAACAGUGAUACUGAUAGUAAUACUACUGAAGAUAAUGUUGAUACCAAUACUACAGAUACUAUGGAUGGUAAUACUACUGAAGAUAAUGUUGAUACCAAUACUACAGAUACUGUGGAUACCAAUACUACAGAGGAUACUGUUGAGUAUACGGAAGAGGUUAGAAAGAGAAGAUAUGAGGAGAUUUAACACUUGAU